AUGGAGGAUUUGUCGGUCGAGGUGUACGGUGAAAAUGGUGCUUAUUAUAAGGCCAUUGUCACCGACGUGCUCGACAACGAGGUCCUUGUAGCUUUCGAAAAUGAUUGGCAGCCAGAAUCUAAGUUUUUGUUCUCUCAAGUGUUCCUACCACCAAAGGAUACUGGCAAGCACACAGAUUUUGUGGAGAAUCAGGAGGUCGAAGUAUUCGCGAGGUCAAAUGAGAAGGAAGCAUGUGGGUGGUGGACAGCAAAUAUUAAGAUGAUCAGAGGCGAGUUCCUCGUGAUCGAGUACCUCGAGUGGGACAACUGUUACACUGAGAUCGUGCCCAAGGACCGGCUGAGGGUCAAGACGCCCAAGACGCCCAUAGAUAAGAACACCUUCCACAAGUUUGAAAUCACAGUACCCGAUGAUCUCAAGGACUACGUUCACGACAUCCACAGCGCGAAGGUGGAGAACGCCCACAAGGAGUUCCAGAAGGCGAUCGGCGCCGCGCUCGUGUGGUUCGUGCCCGAGAGGGGCGCGCUGGCCGUCAUCUCGCGCUGCGACACCUCGCAGAGGAGGGCGCAGAUGCUGCAGGAGAUGCACUUCAGGAACCUAACGCAAAAGCUGCUAUUACUUAAAAAGACUGAAGAGGCCGCGAGACAGCUAGAAUCCACUAAAAUACACAAUCAGGGCGGAUACACGGACGAGUUCAGUGUUCGGGAGGAGCUCAUGGGGCUGGCGAUCGGCACCCACGGAGCGAACAUACAGCAGGCGAGGAAGGUGGCCGGCAUCACGAACAUUGAACUGGAGGAGAUCUCCUGCACCUUCAAGAUAUGUGGAGAGUCAUUGGAGGCGGUGCGUGCGGCGCGCUGCCUGCUGGAAUAUGCGGAGGAGUCUAUCAAGGUGCCGCGCGCGUUAGUCGGGAAGGUGAUCGGCAAGAACGGGAAGGUGAUACAGGAGAUAGUGGACAAGAGUGGGGUUGUGCGGGUCAAGGUUGAGGGAGACAACGAGCCGCAACCCUCCGCGCCCCGGGAGGAGGGGAUGGUGCCCUUCGUGUUUGUAGGCACGAGGGAGAACAUCGCGAACGCUAAGGUCCUCGUGGAAUACCACGUGGCGCAUCUCAAGGAGGUGGAACAGCUCCGCGCGGAGAAGUUGGAAAUAGAUCAGCAGCUGCGGAUGGUGACGGGCGGAGUCGCCGGGGCCUACCCUCCGCCCCGAGGAGCGCCCGCCGCCCGGCCCAGGAGGCCCCGACUACCACACACGAGAUACCCUGCCGGUGGCCGCCGCACUACUCCUGAACUGGGGGACGAGCGUGGAGACGCGCAGCGGACGAGGACACGACCACACAGACCCAACAGGUCGAGCGAGCGUCGCGGGGAGGAGCGUCGCGUGCCGCUGGAGAACGGACGGGCGCACGGACGACCGCCGCGGGACAACAGGGACAACAGGGAUGUGAGCGGUCGGCGGCGCGCCGGAGAAGAUGGACCAGCUCCAGACGGACACGACGCCUCCACCGACCGGGGAGGCGGGUGGAAGAACGGCGUGAGCGGACCUGGCGCGGGCGCGGGCGUGGCGGGCGCGGGUGCGGCGGGCGCGGGCGGCGCCUCCAAGGCCCGGCGCGAGCCCGCCAAGCCCAAGGCCGAGCCGCUGCUGAACGGCACGGCGUAG